AUGGAGCAGCCGGGAUGGAGGAAGUUCCUGAAGUUCAUUGGGCCGGGUUUCCUCGUCUCACUGGCCUACCUCGACCCUGGAAACCUGGAAACUGACCUGCAGGCCGGGGCUAAUCACGGCUACGAGCUGUUGUGGAUUAUACUGAUUGGGUUGAUCUUCGCUCUCAUUAUCCAAUCUCUGGCUGCCAACCUUGGCGUUAGCACCGAUUGUUGGAUUUGCCAUCAUCGUUUUGUAGGGAAGCACUUAUCCGAACUGUGCAAGGCCGAGUAUCCUCAAUUCGUGAAGAUAUGCCUAUGGCUGCUUGCCGAGCUUGCGGUGAUUGCUGCCGAUAUACCCGAAGGUUCAACCCUAACUCAAAAAAAUUCAUUCUGCAAAUUACUGAAUAUUGUUGCAGUGAUUGGGACAGCUUUCGCACUGAACAUUUUGUUUCACAUCCCGGUCUGGGCCGGCGUCCUCCUCACCGGCAGCAGCACUCUCUUACUCCUCGGCCUCCAGAAAUACGGGGUGAGGAAGCUGGAGCUGUUAAUCUCCCUGCUAGUAUUCGUAAUGGCGGCAUGUUUCUUCGGCGAAAUGAGUUACGUAAAACCUCCGGCGUCGGACGUUCUGAAAGGCAUGUUUAUCCCGAAGCUCGCCGGCCAGAGUGCCACCGGCGACGCGAUCGCCCUCCUCGGCGCCCUCAUCAUGCCGCAUAACCUCUUUCUCCACUCUGCUCUUGUCCUCUCCCGGAAAGUUCCCAACUCCGUCCGUGGCGUCAACGAUGCUUGCCGGUAUUUCCUGAUAGAGAGCGGGUUCGCCCUGUUCGUGGCGUUUCUGAUCAACGUCUCGGUCAUUUCGGUUUCGGGGAAAGUUUGCACGGGGACGAAUAUCUCCGCCGAGGAUGCCGAACGUUGCAGCGACCUCACCCUCAACUCUGCCUCUUUCCUUCUCAAGAAUGUGUUGGGAAGAUCGAGCAAGAUUCUGUACGGAGUUGCCCUGCUAGCUUCAGGGCAGAGCUCUGCAAUCACAGGAACAUAUGCAGGACAGUACAUAAUGCAAGGGUUCUUGGACCUCAAGAUGAGAACUUGGCUGAGGAACCUAGUCACACGGAGCAUUGCAAUCACUCCCAGCUUGAUCGUGGCCAUCAUCGGCGGAUCCGCCGGCGCCGGACGGCUGAUCAUCAUUGCAUCGGGCGCGCAGAUGAUCCUCUCAUUUGAGCUUCCGUUCUCUCUGAUCCCACUUCUGAAGUUCAGCAGCAGCAGUACAAAGAUGGGACCUUACAAGAACUCCAUCUAUAUCAUUGUGGUGUCGUGGAUUCUCGGGCUGGGAAUCAUCUCCAUCAAUGUGUACUAUCUGUCCACCGGAUUCGUCGGGUGGCUGAUCGACGGCGACCUCCACAAAGUCGGGAAGGUGUUCAUUGGCAUCAUAGUUUUCCCACUCAUGGCGAUCUAUGUUCUGGCAGUGAUUUACCUGACGUUUAGGAAAGAUGUCGUUGUAACUUACAUCGAGCCGGUGAAAGGAGUUGAAGAAGGAUUUGGGGGAGAAGCAACAGGGGAAGGUCAGCUUCCUUAUAGGGAGGAUUUAGCCGAUAUCCCAUUGCCACAAUGAGAGACUCCAUAUGAUAAGAGAAGCUCGAUGGUUUUGUUUUUUGCCCUAGUUGAAGUGCUGAUCAGUGUUUGAUGUGUAGUAUAUAAUUGGUGUAGCAUAUGUAGGAAGGCUCCAUUGCUCCUCCAUCGAGUGAAACUUUGUUGUGUUUUAACUUUGUGUCUUGUGCCUUACUACUAAUGUGGUUACAGUUUUGUGGCAAGUACCAUCCUUCUAUAAUGUUAUUGUUACUUUGUACUCAUAAUAAAAAGUUA